AUUUUUUCUCGAUCAACCGCUAACGAUUAACGAGGCAACGCAAAGGUAGAGAAAGAGCUGGGCCGGGCCUAGCUAUGGUUGGGCCUCGGAUUGAUACGAAGUUUAAUUCGUCUCUUUUGCACCAAUAGACGGGCUUAAAGCCCACUUUGGUUCCUCCGACCGUCUUCGGCUUAGGAAGAAGAGAACUUAUUGGGUCUCGCGAGUCGCGACGGCGGCAAACGAACUGCGUCCCCGGAACCCUGGUAAAACACGGCGGAGGCUCAUUCUCCGACCCCCGACCGUGAUGUACAGAGCCGAUACCACCGCUGACGAAGCGGCGGAGAUAACGGCGUUCAGAAGAGCGGAGAAGAAGUACAAGCUGUAUUACGAGCAGUCUUCCAAAAAAUUCUACAGGAAGAAGAAGCCAAAGCAGGUCGAUUUAUCGGAGGUUCUGGAUUUCAAUUCGAUCCUGAACUCUCACAAUCAGAACGACGAACUUCCACCUGGAAUCGCCGCUGUUCGUUGCGGUUUCGACGAUCGCCCUGUCUUCCGCCUGGAAACUCGCCCUGGGUUCUAUUUCAUUCCCGGAGCUCUGAGUGUUGAAGAGCAAUGCAAGUGGAUAAGAGAGAGCUUAAGGAGCUUCCCUCAACCGCCUAAUCGAACCAAUCACAAUGCAAUCUAUGGGCCGGUAGGCGACCUAUUCGUUGCAGCAAAAGAAGGGAAAGUGUUGUUGGAGGAAGAAGGCAGCAAUGGAGAUGGUCAGAAAUGGAGAUUUUGUGAGGAAGGUGUUGCGAAAUUGAGAAGCAAAGGCAAUGCUUGUAAAUCGGUCUCGGGUACUGCUUUAUUGAGGAAGCUACGGUGGAGCACUCUUGGGUUGCAAUUUGACUGGUCCAAGAGGAACUACAAUGUAUCUCUACCGCAUAACAAGAUCCCAGAUGCCCUCUGUGAGCUAGCUCAAAAGUUGGCCGCUCCUGCAAUGCCAAAGGGAGAAGAGUUCCAUCCAGAAGCUGCAAUUGUGAACUAUUUCGGGCUAGGUGAUACAUUAGGAGGCCAUCUAGAUGAUAUGGAACUAGAUUGGAGUAAACCGAUUGUAAGCAUGAGUUUGGGCUGCAAAGCCAUCUUCCUGCUUGGGGGUAAGUCGAGAGACGAUCCUCCACUGGCGAUGUUUCUCCGAAGUGGUGAUGUGGUCCUAAUGGCUGGAGAAGCUAGGGAAUGCUUCCAUGGUGUGCCUCGGAUUUUUAUCGACGAAGAAAAUGCUGAAAUUGAUAGUCUGGAAACACAUUUCUCAGAGGAAAGCCAUCUCCUGGACUAUGUAAGAACUUCAAGAAUAAACAUCAACAUAAGGCAAGUGUUUUGAGUGUCUUUUUGUUUCCAACAUGUAGGCUACUGGAGCCAUUUUGUAGUUGUAUCUUGUAUGUAUGCGGAAGAGGGAAGGUAAGGAACUUGAACUCAGAAACAAAUUAGUAGGCCUUUUCUUCUUUUUCGAUCAAAUUAUAAUGGUUUAAGAUUGUUGGCUAAGUCCAUCUCUUUCGCAAUCACAAGUUUAAGGCC